AGGCCCAGCUGCUUUUCAGCACCAACAUGUAUAAAUAGGUCCGUUUACUCUGGGGUCAGGACAUCGUUUUGUGGACCCCCCUGUGAACACUGAACAGCUAUUCUUUGGGGCCAGUCAGGUAAAUCAGCUCUGAGAUACAAAGUAGCAUGGCUCUGAAUAACCCUAACCCUCUGGGACCAUGGAAGAUCACAGUUUAUGAUCAGGAGAACUUCCAGGGGAAGCGUCUGGAGUUUACCUCAGCCUGCCAGAACAUCAUGGAGUGCGGCGUUGACAACAUUCGCUCCUUGAAGGUGGAGUGUGGCGCCUGGGCAGGAUAUGAGCACUCCAGCUUCUGUGGCCAGCAGUUUGUUUUGGAGAGAGGAGAGUAUCCUUACUGGGAGUCAUGGAGCGGCAGCAACGCCUACCACAUUGAGAGGAUGAUGUGCUUCCGCCCCAUCUGCUCUGCUAAUCACAAGGAGUCCAAGAUGGUGCUAUUUGAGAAGGAGAACUUCAUGGGGCGCCAGUGGGAGAUAAACGAUGACUACCCCUCCCUGCAGGCUAUGGGCUGGGGCAACAACGAGAUUGGAUCUAUGCAAGUUCAGAGCGGCGCCUGGGUGUGCUACCAGUUUCCAGGUUACCGUGGUUACCAGUACAUCAUGGAGUGUGACCGUCACGGUGGCGAGUACAAACAUUACAGAGAGUGGGGCUCCCACGCUCAGUCCUUCCAGGUGCAGUCGCUGCGCCGAAUCCAGCAAUGAGACCCCACAGCCUCCUCUCCCAGCCUCUCACUCUUUACCUCCUCCUUUUCCUUCUCUUCCACCCUUCACCCAGUCAUUCCAGCACCUUCUGGUGCUUUACCAUUGAGAUGUUUACAGCACUUUUCUUGUCUGUUGCCAAAUGAAAAUGAAGAGAAAUGAUAGGAAGAAUUAAGGAGAGUAUAAACAGGUCACUGAAGAGAAGCUCCUGACUGAUGUCCCGCUGAGGAAAGAAAAGGAGGAAGCUUAAAAAAGGCCUGUGGGCAGCAGCAGGGUGGUGAUGUCACUCAGAGUCAUUGCUCCUCAUAUUUGUGGGUAACUGUGGUGCUACCAGUGUUCAA